GGCACUGGAAGCGGGGGAAAUUCUACUUCAACUAUGCAUUCAGAACUCGUUGGGUUCCGUAAACCCUCCUCAGCGUCCUGUGACCUCAUCAAGGAACUCCCGCACAAAGAACUUCAGCUGGGAGUUCCGGGCCUCCGCCAGCUGGCUUUCGUCCUUGAUCGAGCGUCGGGUCUCCCGUGGCUCAGGCUUCUCACCGCUAACAUGAUGAAACAUGAUUCCAGUGACAGAGUUCCGGCAAUUCUCCGAGCAGCAGCCCGCCUUCCGGGUGCUGAAGCCAUGGUGGGAUGUGUUCACAGAUUACCUCUCGGUGGCCAUGCUGAUGAUCGGGGUGUUUGGAUGUACUUUACAGGAACUGUGUCCACGCUGCUUGUUUCCAGUGCUCACACCGUCUCAUACACAAACGGAGACGGCGUUGAAAGCCACCCAGUCCAGGUCAUGCAAGACAGGAUCAUCUGCCUUCCGAAGAGAGUGCAGCCUGCGCAGAACCACUCCUCUGCUUCCAACGCCUCCCAGGCGGUCAUCGGUUCCACCCCGCUGCCUCCGCCUAAGCCCUCUCCAACCAGCCCCACCACCGUGGAGAUGAAGGGGCUGAAGACGGACCUGGACCUUCAGCAGUACAGCUUCAUCAACCAGAUGUGCUACGAGCGAGCCCUCCACUGGUACGCCAAGUACUUCCCAUACCUCGUGCUCAUCCACACCCUGGUCUUCAUGGUCUGCAGCAACUUCUGGUUCAAGUUCCCGGGCUCCAGCUCCAAGAUAGAACACUUCAUCUCCAUCCUGGGGAAGUGCUUUGACUCCCCGUGGACCACACGUGCGCUCUCCGAAGUGUCUGGGGAGGACUCGGAAGAGAAAGACAACCGAAAGAACAUGAGCAGGCCCAACACCAUCCAGCCCAGCGGUCCUGAAGGCAGCCUGGUCAACUCCCAGUCUCUCAAGUCGAUCCCUGAGAAGUUUGUGGUCGACAAAUCCGCAGCAGGGGCUCUGGACAAAAAGGAAGGCGAGCAGGCCAAGGCCCUGUUUGAGAAGGUGAAGAAGUUCAGGCUGCACGUGGAGGAGGGUGACAUCCUGUACGCCAUGUACGUCCGCCAGACCGUGCUCAAGGUCAUCAAGUUCCUGAUCAUCAUCGCGUACAACAGCGCUCUGGUCUCGGAGGUCCAGUUCACGGUGGACUGUAACGUAGACAUGCAGGACAUGACGGGCUAUAAGAACUUCUCCUGCAACCACACCAUGGCUCACCUGUUCUCUAAACUCUCCUUCUGCUACCUGUGCUUUGUAAGCAUCUACGGCUUGACCUGCCUUUACACCUUAUACUGGCUGUUCUACCGCUCCCUGAGGGAGUAUUCUUUCGAGUACGUCCGGCAGGAGACAGGAAUUGACGACAUCCCGGACGUGAAAAACGACUUCGCCUUUAUGCUCCACAUGAUAGACCAGUAUGACCCUCUCUACUCCAAGAGGUUUGCCGUGUUCCUGUCUGAAGUCAGCGAGAACAAAUUGAAGCAGCUGAAUCUAAAUAACGAGUGGACCCCUGACAAACUGAGGCAGAAGCUGCAGACGAACGCCCACAACCGCCUGGAGCUGCCCCUCAUCAUGCUCUCCGGCCUCCCUGACACCGUGUUUGAAAUCACGGAGCUGCAGUCUCUGAAACUAGAGAUCAUUAAGAACGUCAUGAUCCCCGCCACCAUCGCCCAGCUGGACAGCCUCCAGGAGCUCUCCCUGCACCAGUGCUCCGUCAAAAUCCACAGCGCGGCGCUCUCCUUCCUGAAGGAGAACCUCAAGGUCCUGAGCGUCAAGUUCGACGACGUGCGGGAGCUGCCCCCCUGGAUGUAUGGCCUCCGCAACCUGGAAGAGCUCUACCUGGUGGGCUCCCUGAGUCACGACAUCUCCAAGAACGUCACCCUGGAGUCCCUGCGGGAUCUCAAAAGCCUCAAGAUCCUCUCCAUCAAAAGCAACGUCUCCAAAAUCCCCCAGGCCGUGGUGGACGUGUCCAGCCACCUGCAGAAGAUGUGCAUCCACAACGACGGCACCAAGCUGGUGAUGCUGAACAACCUGAAGAAGAUGACCAACCUCACGGAGCUGGAGCUGGUGCACUGCGACCUGGAGCGCAUCCCCCACGCCGUGUUCAGCCUGCUCAGCCUCCAGGAGCUGGACCUGAAGGAGAACAACCUCAAGUCGAUAGAGGAGAUCAUCAGCUUCCAGCACCUGAGAAAGCUGACCGUGCUCAAGCUCUGGUACAACAGCAUCGCCUACAUCCCAGAGCACAUCAAGAAACUGACCAGCCUGGAGCGGCUGUUUUUCAGCCACAACAAGGUGGAGGUGUUGCCUUCCCACCUCUUCCUGUGCAACAAGAUCCGAUACCUGGACUUGUCCUAUAACGACAUUCGCUUCAUUCCGCCCGAAAUCGGGGUUCUGCAAAGUUUGCAUUACUUCUCCAUCACGAGCAACAAGGUCGAGAGCCUCCCGGACGAACUCUACUUUUGCAAGAAACUUAAGACUUUGAAGAUCGGGAAAAACAGCCUCUCCGUGCUUUCGCCAAAAAUUGGAAAUUUACUGUUUCUUUCCUACUUAGACAUCAAAGGUAAUCACUUCGAAGUCCUCCCCCCUGAGCUGGGAGAUUGCCGGGCUCUGAAGCGCGCCGGGUUGGUCGUGGAAGAUGCUCUGUUUGAGACUCUGCCCUCAGACGUCCGAGAGCAAAUGAAAGCAGAGUAGCUUAUUUUUACAUCGGAACAUGACUGAAACACGCUUCUACCAAAUACAGUAUCAAGAAUUAGGUAGUCUUAAUGCCUUUCCUGUAUUAUUUUUGUUUUUUUUUGUGGGGGUUGUUUUGUUUUCGUUUUUUCACACAAGACAAAAAUGUACACAAAGAUUGAGUAAGGAGUAUGUAUUUUUAAUAAAAAUUUAAUUGUAUUUUUCAAUAUUAAUAUUUUAAAAGUUUUAUUUGUCCUGGAAGCUAUGACAUCUGUUAUUAUUUCCUACCAAUAAGAAUGAGUAGUUCCAUCUGGCUUUGGGUCUUUUUUUUUUUUGCCUUCAGUUCAUUCUAGUAAGGAAAGGAACUCUAGAUUGUGUGCAUUUUGGCGUAUUUGAAAUGGCUGGAGAUGACGUUGCCAACACCAUUUAUACCUUGUUUCUACUUGGCCCAGUCUUUGUUUGUGUUCUCGUUGUGUGUACCAAGGAGUCUGCGCCAGUUAUUUUAAUAUCAGCUGCCUCCUAAAUUUCCAGGUUUCCCCCCUCUGUAGAAACUCUGCAUUGCAAGUUCACGCAAGUGAAUUGUCACAGAGUGCUAUCCCUCUGCCAACACCGUUAAUUGUAUAACUCCCUGAACGACAGUUUCAAGGUAGCCUUGGAUGGGCUUUUUAAGUGGGUGAAGAAAGCAAUGCCCGGCAGUUUCCAUCCUUGUGUUUGUUGAUCAUUCGUUGCUUGACUAAUUUGUAUUUUUUAGCCAACAUUCUAAAAUUAGUUAUUAAAAAAAAUCAUGUACAACUGCCCCUCCCCCAUCCACCUCAGUAUUGUCAUGUGGUGAGCAACCUUAGGAACAUUAGAUUUGUUUUCAUAGUCUAACAGAUAAUUAAAUUUUAAAUCAUAGAAUUAGAAGCCUGUUUUGAGUAAUUUAAUCAUUUUUUUAAUGUCUUGAUAUCGUGGACGCAUCAGAUGGUAAACAAUCUCGGUACUCAGGCGCUCUGAAAAAUCUGAUCGAUUCCACGCAGGCCCGCCCCUUCCUUGGGCCCUGUGCCCAAGUGAUGAUCAAUACACUUCCUGCCUGCUAAACAGACCAGCCUGAUAUACACGUACGUAUAGUCAUCAACUUCCCGCAAGCCUGCCCUCGAUGCGUGCACCAGUGACGCCAGCAUGGGAACGCCUCGGCUGUCUGCUUAAAAUUGUACCCCCCUUAAGUCGGUCCUGACGUUUUCCAGAUGGGUGACUAACAACCUGUAGGUGUUGUCACUUAGCAAUAAUCCCUGCCUGGUGGCUGGCAAAGCUUUUCCUUACCUUUGUCUUCCUGUAUCCAGCCCAGUGUGGAGACUUGAGCUACACACAGUUCACUGGCUGUAAGGAAAAGCCUUAAUGCAUCCCUGAGAAUAGGAAGGUGGCCUGGGGUUUGACAUCCUGUUUGAAGCAUGUUUUCUUGGUCCCCUCCGUGACCUUGCCCAGCCCUAUCUUUUGUGACAUGCAGGCAUGUAGAAGGCGACUCUGGCAGGCACUGGGCGGACACACAGACCUCAUUUCACUUAAGGGAGAGAGUUGUAAGGGUGUAGCUCAGCGAUGAAGCAUUUGCCUGGCAGCAAGGCCCCAGAGCCUGAGGCUUAAUCACGAGACACUAGGAAACAGACUUGGAGGGAGGGGUGCAAUGCUCAUCAUUUUGAGUGGGUGAAGAAAGAAUAACAGAUCCGUGUGAUGGGCCAGCCAUGCUGAGCAAAUGCUUUUUUUUUCCAUUUAAGGUUUCAGUCAUGAUGUCAUUAAACCUGGAAUUGAAAUAAUCAUUUUCUGAAAUGCUGUUAUGGCUACACUUCUUAGAAGAAAUACCCAGUUUUAGCAUAUGGAGAUCCUGAGUAUGAGUUCUGUGUCGUGUUCAGAGACAGGUCUGUGUUAAGGAAGGACUGUUAGGGGCAGACUGCUAUUGAGCAAGAGUAACCUGUCGUGGAAAGGUAAACUGAGUCGGUGAAUCCACUGUCUUGAUUGUUAAAAUUUAUGGUCAUUUCCAGCAUCACCCUUCAAAGGGGUUAAAUACCAUAUUUAUGCUGAAGUUUUUAUGUGGCAUUAACUGAAAAUCCCAUAUGGGUUCACAACUAAAAUAAGUCACCAAUAACUCAAUUUUGUCAAAGCUUCCAAAAUAAUUAAUGAUUCUGCAGGCUGACUCCCAACCUAAGUUGUAAAUAGCACUCAAUAAACCACUACAAGUUCGUGACCUUAUGUUUUAAGCAAGAGGAAAAUAUUCACAGAUGUUUCUAUUAGAUUUUAUAAAACUUCCUAAGCUUCAGACUUGACUUGGAAUAAUUUAAAUUGUCUGAUCCUUGUCCUUUUUUAAAACAGUCAGCUUUUGUUCACAUUCUUUGAGUAAAAUGCCUUCAAUCACUAUCUAGCCUUCCAACCGGACACUCAGGUACCUGAACUGCUGAAUUUUCUAACGUUCGUUGAUCCAACUCAGCACACAGAGGCCGUCGGCCUCUCGCUCUAUGUUUUCCAAGUGCUCUUGCUGAGGAGGAUCAGCCAGCUCCUUGUCCAACCUCUUGAUCCACAACAAAUCCCUGUGUCAACCACUAAUGUGCCAUCAGUAUCCUGAACUCCAGGCGCAGCCUAAGCUCCAGGUGGGCAAGCUGUAUUAUGGGGUCUAAGUCACAGAGUCCAGAAAAGGCAGCUGUCUGGUGGUUGUCUGGUUGGAGGUCCCGAUAGAUCCCCAUCUAAGUGACUGGCAAGAUGGCUUUGCGGGUGAAAGGUGCUUGCCACCCAGACCGAGCGCCUGAGUUUGAUUCUCAGGGUCCAUACAAUGAAAGGAGAGGACCUGCCCCCCUUAAGUUGUCCUCCGGCCUCCACACAGGCACCAUGGCAUGGGCGCCUACACAAAAAUGCACACACAGACUAACUAAUGUCAUUUUUUUUAUUUAUCAUGGAAAAACACACCUAAGAAGAUAACACCCCAGAAUAGUAUUGUGUUUUCUUAUUACAGGAUUUGAUCUGGUUUUGCAUAUCUAAACUCUAGAUAAGAUAAAAAUCCGAUGCCUACGUGUGUAGGUUCCUGGCAUUGCCCACCCAGCUCGACCCCGAUGCUGUAAUGAGCUCCAGCAGUCUCCCAUGGUGUCUUGAGCUUGAGCAAGCAGGACCGCUUUUAACGGCAGCUUGGGAAAUUUUCCUGCCCCACAGAUUUUGUUCAUUUGGACCGUAGGUCCUGCUUCGAAAGGGUCUGAGACGACUCGGUCUCUUUUGGGUUUCUCGACACAAAAAGAAGCCCGGUUUCUUACAGCAUUCUUGUUUACAGUUUCUGUUUGUCUCACUCUCUAAUCGGUUCCGUACCAGAUGCCCGAUCAACGGCAUUGGCAUUUCAACAGGAACCCUUACGGCUCAACAAUACAAAAUCCGUUAGCAUUACUCUUGCCAAAUAAUAGAAAUGCUGACUUGGUCUCAGCCCUGCAGAGAGUAAACUUAAGACCUCGCAUUAGUGUUGUCCCUGUGACUCCUGAUUUGUGAUGGUGCUUAAAAGAAACAACACUGGGGCAGAAUCCUAAGUACAGGCAGAGUCCUACUCGUGGCGACCUCGAGGAGACUUUCUAGAAAGGUCUGUGUGAUGUCUGCAUCUUACCCCUUUAGGGAGGGACAAAGAAAACUCCACAGUCGUCUUACGGAGAGCCGCCAUGGGUUUUCAGACUUAACUCCCCAGUCUUCAAGCUUCUGAUAAUUUGGUUAUCAGCCUUCCAAACAAGUACCCUGUCCCCUUCCCCUCCCCCAGAGUCGCCCACUAAUAAAGAUGACAUCUUUAUGUUUAUCUGAGGGAGAGAGAAAAAGAGCCUCCCUCUGCCCCCCAGGAAUUUUUUUUUCAAUCAGAGGGAUAUAGAACGUGUACUGCGUGACUUUACUGACCAAAUAGCAGCCACUCUGUAAUAGGGUUUGGCUUGGUUUCUGAGCCGGGGUCUUCCUCUGUAGCCCAGGCUGAGCUUGAACUUGAGAACUUCUUGCCUCGCCUUCCUGGGCGCUGGAUUACGGGUGUUCACCCUUGGCCCGCAUGGUUUCUAAUGUAUUUGUUUGUGUCUCCAUUCUCUCACUGCGCUGCUUUUUGGGGUGGACACUCCACGCCCUAUGUGCUCCCCUCGGUGUCUGUCUUGGCGUUGUUCACAGGCUGCCGAGUGCUGGCGAACUCUUGGACUGCCAAGAGAAAGGACCGAGCAUUGAUUUGUCAUAGUACAUGUUCGUGAAAGGAAAUGUCUUAACGUUAUUUGGCCAUGUAGUGUACAGGAACAAAAGUAACUUAAAUAAAGUCAUUUUUGUAACUUAA